GUUCCUCGUGUUUGCUGAAGUCUCUCAGUGCAUUUCAGUAAUAAUGACAGAGUGGGAGGGCCACUUGGUGCAACUAAUAAGGACGGCGAUCUAGCAGGCGAUCCCACUGUGACUUUUAUUUCCAAGUCCUGGAAUCCGGAAUCAGACUGAUCGUAAUCACACAUGGAUUAUACUCUUUUCGCAGCUUUUUAUUUGUUUCUGCCUUAGAGGAAACUUUCUCACAAACUGUUUUUUAAGUGGGACUGCUUCCUGGUGUCAGAGCCAUGAUUUGCUUGUUAAGAUGGGCUGCUUUCCUUUGGACUGUACAUUUCAUUCUUUGCUCAUUUGGAAUGUCAGUGAAUGAACAACAAGAUGGCUCGUGUCCCCCUCUGAGUGUAGAGGAGCACAGGUUUUCUGAUAUCUUAGAUCGUCCCCUGGAAAUCAAAGGAUUUGAUCUCACUGAAAAGUUUCUUCUCCGAAAGGGGACAAUCACAGAGGACCUGCCGUCGUUUCGUUUAGGAAGCAGUCCACUCAUUAAGCCAACAAAAGUAAUAUUUCCAAAUGGGCUUUCGGGUGAAUACUCCCUUGUCACUAUCUUCCGGGUAAGAAGAACUACAAAAAAAGACCGCUGGUAUCUCUGGCAGAUAUUCGACCAGUCUGGAGGCAGUCAGGUAUCUGUUGUGGUUGAUGGUGGCAAGAAGGGAGUGGAGUUUUCUUUCCAGGGCCAGCUAAAGAAUGUUCUCCGCUACACAUUUAAGAGCCGUGACCUGCAUGCCCUUUUUGAUCGCCAGUGGCAUAAGCUGAGCAUUUCUGUACAGAGCAACAUAGUCUCCGUUUACAUGGACUGCAAGCUAACGGAAAGCAAACGGAUUGAUGAGAAGGACAGCAUUGACCCCAAUGGGCGCACUCUCAUCACUACACGAGUGGAGGAUGGACGACCUGUAGAUAUUGAGCUGAAACAAAUUCUAAUCUACUGUGACCCGUAUAUGGCCGAAUUGGAAAAUUGCUGUGAGCUGUUGGAGCCAAAGUAUGAAGCCAUGAAGACCUUUAAUGGGACUUCCCCUCCCCUGGUUACAGCCCAGCUCCCCCAGAUGCUGUCUCAGCCGACCUCACAGUCAAUUGACAGAUGUCACUGUCCAGCUGAAAAGGGGGACACAGGGGAGGCCGGGCCUUCAGCAAACCCGGGACAUAAGGGGGAACUUGGAUCAGAAGGGCAAAAGGGAAUCGAUGGGGAGAAGGGUGAUGUCAGUCUUCCUGAAGCUCGGGGGCAGCCUGCUGACAAAGAGUGCGUCAAAGGAGACAAGGGCCCUCCAGGGGACAAAGGAGAAAAGGGAUUGGCUGGGGUGCCAGGGGAACCAGGCAAAGAGGGCAAAAGGGGACGCAGAGGAAAGACUGGGGAGCCUGGACUCAGAGGCCUGCCUGUUGAGAGGGUUGAGCCUGCAGUCCCAGGGGCAAAAGGGGAGAAAGGAGAGAGAGGAGACCCUGGCCAGCCUGGUGCUGAAGGGGCCAGUGGGAUGAAAGGACAAAAAGGUGAUGUUGGCCUUCCUGGUCCUCCUGGUCCUGUGAUGACAGCUCAUGGAUUGAGACAGCUCUCUGAAACUGAUGCAAUGACGGAGAAGACACAAAAGGGAGAAAAGGGAGAUGAGGGAGAGAGAGGACCGCAAGGCUUCAAGGGAAACAUCGGGCUGCCAGGACUCAAGGGAGAUCAAGGACCAGAGGGCAAGCAAGGCCUGCCUGGACCCACUGGACUCUCAGGCGAGCCAGGCUCGCCAGGGGAGUCAGGGAUGCCUGGGAGAGAUGGCCUGAAAGGAGAAAAGGGGGACUCUGGUGGAGUAAUGGGUCCACAGGGACCCAAGGGUGAGCCUGGAGAGCCUGGAGGUGGAUAUAUGAGCGAUGGGUUGCUUGUAAGCAGAGGGUCUCGCGGGCCCAAGGGUGAGAGAGGUGUCCCAGGUUUGCCCGGUGACCAUGGUGAUAAAGGCGAACCUGGAGAGAGUGUCACAGGCUCGCCUGGCCGCAUGGGACCCCCAGGAAAGCCCGGAAUUGAGGGCCCACGCGGACCCCCAGGUUUAUCUGGCCCUCCUGGAGUUCCAGGAACAGAGGGCUCCCCUGGAUGGCCAGGCCCCCCGGGACCUGCUGGACCUCCAGGUGAACCAACUGCCCUGCCAAUUGUUGGAGACAUGGGUGCAUUACUCAAGAAUGCCUGCAGUGUGUGCCAGACGAGAGUCCCAGGGCUUCCUGGGAUGAAGGGAGAGAAGGGGUCCCUUGGAGCGCAAGGAGUCGAAGGCAUGGUGGGAGAAAAGGGAGAUCCAGGUGUAAGAGGUCCCAUGGGUAACCCUGGAAAAGAAGGCCCAAAGGGAGUAAAAGGAGAGAGAGGGUUCCCAGGCCCCACAGGAGAUAAAGGUGAUGAGGGCACUGCAGGAGUACCAGGACUACCUGGGGUGACCGGUCGUACAGGGGCCCCGGGACUUAUGGGUAGACCCGGGCCAAUGGGCCAACAAGGAGGAAAAGGAGAAAAAGGAAACGAAGGACCUCCAGGCAGGCCAGGGCUCCCAGGGCCUCCGGGUUUACCAAAUGUGGAGGGCAAUGGGAUGAGCAGCCUGUUCAAACUGGAGAGUGGGGGAGCGAUUUUAGGACCCCCUGGAGCUCCUGGCGCUCCGGGUCCCAAAGGAGAUGAAGGACUUCCAGGGGACCCAGGGGCCAUGGGAUUACCCGGGCUUGAAGGGCUACCCGGUGCCAAGGGUGAUAUUGGUUUGCCUGGCCCACCUGGUAUACUAGGUCCUCCUGGGAAGCCCGGCCCUCGCGGAGAGCCAGGGAUCCCAGGAGAGCCGGGUGAGAGGGGGCCGCUCGGAGAGACAGGAUUCCCAGGGCCCGAGGGACCCCAAGGUGUUCCUGGGAGACCUGGAAAAGAUGGAACUCCUGGAUACAAGGGAUCUGCAGGUGCAGCAGGGGACAGAGGUUCCAAAGGAGAACGUGGUGAUCCAGGGAUUCCUGGAGAAAGGGGUGUUCAAGGCGAGAGGGGUCGCUCAGGAGAUCCUGGCCCCAUUGGACAGAUCGGUCCUCCAGGCCAAAAAGGCGAUCCUGGCCCUCCAGUAAAUUUGGACAAUGUAAACCUCUUGGCUGAUCCCAGCUUCAAAGAAGAACUCAAAAUGUUUAUCCGAACUGAAGUAUUGAGGGUCUUCGAAGAGAAGCUAUCAAGCACUGCCACGCUGCAGAAGACACCUGCCGGGAUCUUAGCUACACAGGUCCACGGGCCUCCAGGACCUCCCGGAAAGGACGGACUACCAGGCCCGCCAGGGGAGCCAGGACCUCCUGGUCCUCAUGGGUACAGGGGGCAGAAAGGAGAGCGAGGUCAGCUUGGUCUGGGGUUACCAGGAGAGCCAGGAUCCAUGGGCCCACCAGGCCCUCCUGGGAUCACUUCUAAGGGCCCUACUGGCCCUCCGGGGCCCCGUGGACCUACUGGGACUUGUGACCCCAGUGACUGUCUUCUUCCAUCCCUGUGAACCAAGCAGAGUGGUUCAUAUAUGGGGCUGGUUCGAAUGUAGAUGCCCGGCUCCGAGCUCAGUGCUGCAGCAGAUCGCCUCGCUGUAUAUAAGAGCUUCCUCAGCUCUGGUUCAUCGGACAGACUCACAACUGACCUCUUUAGUUCACUUUACAAUAACAUUUGGAUGCAGUCAGGAUUUGUUCUUUUUCUUUUCAUCUUGUUGUACUAUUAAGGUAUUUCUUGUUUUCAUAUCCCCUACUGUGAUGUAAUGCAUUCCUUGUCAAUUCUCAUUAUGUCUUCAAGACCAUGAAAGGACUUUAUUUUAUCAACUUCAGUCCUGUCUGAAAACACAAUCUUAAUUAUUUGUUUGCCUUCUUAAUGGGCUUGCCUAUUCCCUCGUCUGUUCUUAUUUAGAUAAGCCAAUGUGCUGUCAGAAGGUACUCUCACGUGUGUGUGUGUGUGUGUGUGUGUGUGUGUGUGUGUGUGUGUGUGUGUGUGAGAGAGUGUGUGUGUGUGUGUGUAAAGUUGUGAUAAAACAUCAGAUUUCUGAGACUCCUUAUGCAACCAAAGUGCAGCAGAUGUGACUGAUAUGCAAAUAAUUUAUUUUUAGCGUGUUCUUCAAGGAUGUAGUUAAAGAUGGUUCUAAUAAUUGCAGUGAAUGUAGCAUGGAUAUUCAGUAAUAUUAUUAUUAGAAGGUGGCUUGACACAUUUUAAGAUUACUGAGAGUUGUGUUUUAUGAAAUUAUCACUCAUGACACAUAUGCAAUGUGCAUGAUAAUAAUUAUUUUUAUCAUUUAGAAAGACGUCUUCCUAUUUUCUUUAGGUUUGGUGACGUUACUGUGUUUGUAAAGGUGUGUUCAGACCAAAUGCAAAGAGGAUUUUUUUUGUAUUUAGCUCGCAAAGUUUCACCCUUAAGUUAGUUACGUCAUAACGUCAGUGCUAACUUGGUUUGUGGUAAAGUACAACCAAUAGCUGGAAUCAAGUUACAGAUAUAUUUUUUCAAAAAACACCAUGUAGUCCUACGGCUUUGCUCGCUUUUCUCCAAGCCGUCUCUUCUCUGUACAGUACUGACGUUGAGUCCUAGAGUUCCAGCUGCCCACGGACACCAACGAUAAGUUUGUCCUCCAUUUCCAAUUCUCGGUGAUGUCGGUAUAAUCACACACUGAUAGGCUUUCGCCACACACAUCUUCCACCCAAAUUUAAACAUUUCAGUAUGCAUGUAUUAUGUUGUCUUUUUAUUGACUCUAUGUAAUCGUGCAGAAUAGGAUGUUGCUUUUUGUUUGGUCUGGACACACCACACACACAUAUUUCAAGGGCAUAUUUGAGGAAUUUACUUUAAAUGUGGUGUAUGUUUAAGGUGUGUGAUGUAACCUCACAUUCACCCUAUUGUUGGUUUAAUCUGUAAAUAAGUGGAACGAGUUAUUGAGGUUUUUCUUUUUCUUUCUUCCCGUCUAAUGGAGCUUGUACCGGGACCUGACAACAUGUUUACAUAAGCAAGUUGUCAUUGUAAUGACACAAUAAGGUUCCCACUGUGUGUGUGUGUGUGUGUGUGCGUGUGUGUGCGUGUGUGUGCGUGUGUGUGCGUGUGUGUGUGUGUGUGUGCGUGUGUGUGCGCGUGUGUGUGCGUGUGUGUGUGUGUCCAAUGAUAAUUGACAUUUACAUGGUUUACAUGCUGUAUGAUGAUUCCUCUGGUUUAUUUGUAUAUUUUUGAUUUUCAGCUACACAAAGGGAAUCAGGAUUACUACACUACAACUUCAGACUUUUUGUUUUUGUUAAAAAUAUACUCAUGAAUGUAUACUUGAAUUUUCUUGUUCAUCGUUUGAACGGUAUCCUGGCCUACAUCCUGGUUUUUCACUCGCUGACCAGCACUGUGUCACUGUGUAUCAUCUGGUUUUGGGGUGUCUUAUGGCUGGAGUUUGGCUUUAUUUAUUUAUUCUGCUAUAACAGGCUUUGGAGCCAUUUUAAUGUUCUCAACUCAUUUCAGAGGUUUUUGAGUCAACUUUACUUUAACAAGCCGUACUCUAUGAUUGAUCUUAUCUACAAACUCAGUACAAUCAAUCUGAAAACAUGCAGACCUUCUUCAAGACGGAAAGACAAAAGUUCCUAGCAUUCAAACUUUAUGAAUGUCUAUUACCUAACUUUAGUAACCUAACUUUAUAAUCACACUAAAUCAUGAACCUUUGUAUGGCAGACAAACAUAAUUGGCCUGUUGUGUAUAUUACUUCCAUCGCUGUUUAAUGAGAGUUAGACUCAAAGGCUUUAAUUUUACUUUAAAGUGCCCAGAUGUGAUUGAUGUUUGAAAUGUUCUGUGGGUGUAUCUGACAUUUUUGUGAUGUUAAGAACUCGGUUCUAGCUGUAUUCCAUGCUUUAAGAUCUGUUUGAGACUUUUUAUGUCUCACAAGUCAUCGAGCUUCUCUUACACAUAUGAAUUAUGACUCACAUCCUACUCUGAAGCUGCAGAGAAUUUUUUUAAAUAUUCUUCUCUGCAUGCAAGCUUAGUUUUAAGUCUGCUAAGUGUGAGUGGGUCUAUUUUCAGAUGGUUAUUGAAUCAAAUGUAUACCACUGACUUUAUUUGUGAGUUGAAAGAGCCCCCUGCUGGACAUGUAUUUAUUUUCUCAUUGCUUGAAUGUAAAACAAUCUUUCUUUGGGUUAUAAGCUACAUAAAGCCACAUCCUUCUAUUGGCUUCUGUCUUUUUCAUAUAUGUUCACAUUCUAUGUAUCAUUUUUCCAUGAAUUAUCUGGAUUUUAAUUUUAUUAUAUUGGUCUAUUUCAUACACAUUGCAUCUGUUGCACAUUUGUUCGUCCUGGAAGGGCCAUCCCUCCUUGGUUGCUCAUUUUUUGGGGAGUUUUUCUUUAUCCAAAGUGAGAGUUUUAAAGGUCAGAAGGUGUCAUAGGCUGUACAGAUUUUAAAGCCCCCUGAGGCAAUUUGUGAUAUUGGGCUGUAUAAAUAAAAUUUACUCGUACGUGACUUUCAUCAAGCUAAUUUUCAUAUUUCGGUUUAAUUAUUCCCCUUGGAGACAAUAACUCCAACCUUGACCAAAUUCAAAUGAGGCCGCAUCAACGUGAGGCUAAUGCAAUCUCAACUUUUUGGCGAACUGAUGAGAGCAACUCUCUGCGAAUAUUGAAUUUAGCUUGAAUUGAUAUUAAUGUGCACCGGUUUGUAACUUCAAUUUAGCUAAACAGUAUGAUAACUAGGGAGGACACAAAAUGGCCACAACCCACUUCACUAGCAAUUUGGUGCCAGCCAUUUGUAUAUCACUCUUGAGUUAAAAUCCAUUUAUUCUAAGUGGAAAAUGUCUGAUGAAACUCAAAGGAUGGCGGUGUUGUAGGUUGAAGCAUCCUUCAAAUCAAAUGCUGUUAUACACCUAGAUGUAGGCUUCUCAAAUAAUGCAAAAUUCACUUAAAACAAUAUGUUUUAUACAGCCACAUUUCAUUACUGGGUUUUAAUGUAAGUAGAUCCUGUUUCUAUCCUAUAAUUUAAUCUUGUAAAUAAGCUUGUAAUGAUGGGGAAUGUGGAUCAGCCUCUUCGCACGGCGCCUCGGAUUAAAAAUGUCUGCCUGCUGCUCUCAUUACUCUAUACGCUCAUGUCGUGCUGUGGGACUUUAAUGUGUGUUUUUGAGAGUCUGUGAUACGCCACACCUCCCCCAAUGGCAGAUUCUGGCCAAUAUACACAGUACAGUAUACCCACUACAAUACAUUAGACUACACCACUGAUUAGUUAUAUGGGGGGGAGGAAUAUCACAACAUUAACUGUUGCUUUUCACUGGAAAAAAACAAUUGAAACCUCAUUUGUGGGUAGAAAGAGACAGUCCUGGACUGUGACAAAGAAUAGGGACAGUAAUGCUCCUGUUGUGGAGGAUGACCCAAUGUUUAUGUGAUUACCAGGUAUCAGAGGUUAGAUUUUACACUUUUCUUUUCAGCAUCUUUUAUUCAACUGAUUAAUGGCACCUGCCUUACACGUGUGCAAUAAAUGUAAUCCAGUGCUUUA